AUGAAAAUGAACAUAUUUACAUUUUCUAAACUAACUUUUAUUGUAAUACUUAUAAUUAAAAUAUCAUUAACUUUACAAGGAAAAAAUAAAUGCAAAUAUAUUGAUUAUCAUAUCAAAAAAAUAACAGAAAAAGAUGAAGAAAGAGCUUGUAAAUGCUAUAGUAAUCCAAGAAUAUUUAUGCAUCCAUCAACAGCAGAUAAAAGUUAUGGAUUUUCUGAUUGGAUUGGUUGUACAAGAAAAAGUGUACCUGCAAUUUUUAAAUCAUUAACAUCAAUAAAUGAGACAGUUAAAGCAAAUAUAUAUAUUUACAAUUCUGCGUUAUCAGUACUACCAAGAGGAAUGUUUGAUAAAAUAAGACCUUCAGCAUUGGCUAUUGAAGAUAGUAAUUUAAGUAUGAUAAGACCUAAUUCUAUUAGCGUUAUUGGAUCACAAUUAAAAUCUCUUAUAUUAAGGAGAAAUAUUAUUAAAACAUUUGAAGCUAAUGUAUUUGAAAAUGUUACACAACUUGAAUAUCUUGAUUUAAGUUUUAAUAAAAUAUCUGCCUUGAAAAAAGGAAUGAUUCCAAAUCUUGAAAAAUUAGAAAUUUUUUAUGUGGUAAAGAAUGAUAUUAAUUUUAUAGAAAAUGGAUUUUUUGAAGGAUUUAAAAAUUUAAAAAAAUUAAAUUUAGCAAAAAAUAAAUUAGAAAUUAUAAAUUCAUCAACUUUUAAAGGACUUGAAAAUCUUGAACAUUUAAAUUUAGAGGGUAAUGAAAUUCAAUUCAUUGAAAAAGAUGCCUUUAUUGGAUUAAAAAAACUUCAAUUUUUAAAUCUUGGAAAUAAUAAUAUUUUCCAAUUAUAUUUAUCUAAUUUACCUGAUCUUCAAAAAAUUCAUUUAUUUUAUAAUGCAAUUGACAAUCUAACGGAACUUGUCUUUAAUAAUCUUAAAAAUUUAAAAUAUCUUAAUAUGGAUAAUAAUCCAAUUGCGCGAAUAAAUAAUACUGAUCUUGAAACAUUAAAAGAAUCACCAAAUAUAGAAUUCAUUUCUUUUGCUCACAGUAAAAUUGAAAUUGUUGAGGCAAAAGCUUUUGAGCAUAUCAAAAAUCUCAAAAUUCUUUCUAUGAUGGAUAAUGAAAUUUAUGAAAUUGGAAAUAAAGAAUCAUUUUUGAAACCAUUAACAAAAUUAACGACAUUAAUACUUUCAAGUAACAGAAUUGAAACAAUUGAGCAAAAUGAUUUAAAAGGACUUUCAAAUCUUCAAAUAUUAAAUUUAGAAAAUAAUAUGAUUGUAAAUAUUUCAAGUGGAGCUUUAGAUUCAAUGGAAUCAAUAGAAAAUUUAUAUUUAAAUGGUAAUAGAUUAUACUAUUUACCUGAAAAAUUAUUUAACUCAUUUGACAAAAGUAAGUUAAAAAAUGUUGACUUAUCAGACAAUCCAUGGGAAGCAAUUUGUGGAAAAUCUUGGAUUUCACAUUGGUUAGAGGAUAUUGGUGAUGCAAAUAGACCAACUGGAGAUUUAAAUUCACUUACAACUAAAUGUGGUACUGUAGCUUUCUAUGAAAAUGAUAAUGACCCAAUUUAUAUAACUAUUGUCGCUACAAUUUUAGCGGCACUAUGUUUGAUUAGUCUUUUAACAAUAGCCUACUUCUAUUUCGAGGAUUCAAGGCAUACAUUUAGGUUACAUCAUUCAUUGAAACAAUUUCCAGCUGAAUUAUUAAAAAAGAUAUCAAAUUACACAGCAAACAAUGUCAAGCCUGAAACAGAUAAUCAAAGUCUCAUUAAAACAACAUUAGAAUCUAAGUCUGUUAUCAGACCGCUAAGUACCAUCUACGAAACCGAGUCAUUGUUAGAAGAAUUCAAUGAAGUUAAAACAAGUCAUGAGGGACUUAAUAAUGAUACAAGCAAGAAACGGGUUCGUUUUGACGGUGUUUAA